CAAAAAAAGUAACUGCAAGAAUAAGAAGUUACAAUAAUUAUUGAUUAAUUUUAUAUAACCAGUUCUGCUCAAUAAUGGAUAAAAGCAUCUUAAACAAAAAACCAUUGAUUCCACAACGUUUGACAAAUAAUGAUUCACAGCACAAAACACCUCAAUCUGUUGCAACAAAAAAUAAUGAAAAUAAUAUUAUUGAUUAUAAAAACAUUUCUCUUACUUUAACAGGAGAAAUAAGUUCAUCCUAUAUACAUAGAGAUAAUUUAACACAAAAGCAGCCUAACAUUUCGCUUGUGGAGGACACAGAAGAUGAUGAUGAACAGUUCUUCUCAAAUAUGAAAGAAAUUAUUGACAAAAAUUAUAAAAUGCAUAACAAAGAGAAUCAUAGUAUAAGAGAUUUGCAAAGCAAAUCAUAUUUAUCGAAGAAAAAGAAAUGUGUGUUUAGCGAUGAAGAUCAAAAUCUAAUAAAGCGGUUUAAAAAAUCUGUGAAUGAGAACAAAGUCUUGCGUGCAACUUCAGAAAAGCCACAACAAUUUGAAAAUAUUGCUUCUGUUAGUAAUUCCAAAUGCUCGAUAAUAACUAGCACUCCAAAAAUUACUUCAGAUGUCACAAUUACUAAUAUUGAUACAGAUUUUAACAGAAAUAAUACAAAUCAGUUUUUGUCUAACAUAACUUUGCAGAAAAAUGAUCAAUUGAUAAUGCCCAAAAGUACAGCGAUUAUUACAAAAACUGAAAUUGUUGAAACAGAAAUUGACCAACUUGUUUAUUAUGAGAUGCAAUACUUAACACCACCUUAAAGAGAUAAAUAAUUUAUUAUCAUUGUUUAUAAUAUUUAUAAUGUUUAUUGAUAAUU